CGGCGUCUCAGAUAUUGUCUCCACAAGGUCAGGAUUUAUAUGUUACAUGACGGCGACACCUCUCCUGUGGCUGCUCCGGUUCCCUUUAAUCUCAAGAUUCUGAUGGUGGUUGUGUUGCUCGAUGCAGAAAUAUCAGCUAUAUUGUUAAUCACAGCCUAUUGGACAUGGGACGGUGAUCCUGUCUGCUGAACUUUGUGAAAAGCCGCCUCCUCACCUACCUGAGCCUUCUGUCUUGUCUCUGAGACCAGAUGGCCAGCCGCCUCUUUGGCAGGUAUGCCCGUCUGCUCUCCAGCGUCUCCUCCCAGGCGCCGUUUGCUGCUGCUGCCGCGCGCCAGCCUCCGCCUGUGGCUGGACCUGCAGCGGUGCAGAGGGCUCUGGGCUUGCAAUGGAGCGCAGAGAGGUUAAUGUGUGAGGGAAGGACAAUCAACAAGGGAAAUACUUACGCAGACAUACCUGCACGCACCCACCUGGACAAUUUGAUGGAAAAGGCGGAAGAGCCAGAGAGCAUCCUGCUGGCAUGGGUAGAGCACGGAGGGAAUAGUCAACAGGCUGCUAACGUCCUGAUAAAGUGGAGUCAGUUGGUUCUAAAGACAAACAGCAAAUAUAAGGAACAACCACCAGAUGAGAUAAAUGAUCCAAGGCUACUGGAUGUGAUAAAUACUCUAAAUCGAGAGGUGAAUACAGUGUGGAACAGCACUCUAAUGAACGUCCUGCGAGCUCUCUGGAGUUUGCGUUUCUCCAACAGUGAAUCAGUAGUCACUUCUGUCCAGACGGAGGUUCUGUGGCGAAUCCGCAGGCUGUCCUACAAACAGCUGGGCUUCCUAGUGGUCUGGGGGGCAAACAGGAAAGCACCGCAGGAUGAGGCCAUAGUGAACGCUGCGUUAAAACAGCUGGAACUGCGUUGGACCGAAAUCGCUGACGCUAAAACUGUUUGUACACUGAUGUCCAGAGGAUACCGCAUUUCACCCACCCUGAUGGAAAGACUGGAAGACAAGGCUUUGGAGAUGGCUGAGAGCAUUUCAUCAGAUGACAUUCGUAAAGUUUGCUUAUCUUUGGCAGCUCAAAGCCGCAGAUCUGUGCCGCUGCUCAGAGCUCUGUCUUACCAUCUCCUGCUGAAGCCUUCGUCCGAGUUCACCACUCCCCUGAUACUGGACGUGGCCUUUGCAUACGGAAAGUUGAACUUCAACCAGUCUAAGGUAUUUCAGCGGAUGGCCUCAGAGUUGUUACCCAGAGUCCCUGAACUCAGCGCUGAAGAAGUCACACGCUUUGCUAAAUCCCUCGGCUUCCUCAAAUGUCUCCACGUGCCUUUAUUUCAGGCCUUUGCUGAGCACUACACAACAAACAGUGAGACGUACAGCACAAUUCAGCUCGGUAGUCUACUCAUGACCCUGGCCAACCUCGGCUUUCAGCCCAGCAACCAAGAGAAGUUUUAUACCAAGGUUCAUUCUGCACUAGAGGACUCUCUCUCAGGUCUGAGGCCCCACUUUCAGACAGAUGUAGUCUGGUCUCUCUGUGUGCUUCAACAGGCCAAGCCUCAUUACCUCAUUCCGCUCACACAGCAGAGUCAUAUUACCGAAUUGUCAGAGGGCAGCACAGCUCGAGUGGAUAGCAAUCACUUGAAGCUCCUCCACAUUGCUGCCACCCUCCAAUUAGAACAUCCUGGCUUCUCCGAUUCUCCAUACUCCCAGAGUGCCCUGUCCAUCCCUCCUAGAAUUCCCCCCCUCUCACCGCUACAGACCAGCCUGAGGGGAGCUCUGCAGAGUUUGGUGGGUGGGGCGACAGAGGCUGUUCGCACUGGGGUCGACACUGUGUAUGGAUGGACACUUGAGGGUGAGCUGGUUGUGGAUUGUGACAACAAACCAGUUGACAUGUCGGAGCUGAAAGCCCCUCAUCUACCCAGCGGAGGAGGAAACCAGCCUUUACCUGCAGGGGCUCGACGGCUGGCUGUCUUGGCUUGGGACUUUCCAAACUUUGGCUUUAAGUGUAAAGACCUUCUGGGGAGGUUCGUAAUGAUGAAGCGACAUAUCCAGCUGGCAGGCUUCAUCAUAGUGGAGAUACCGUAUUACGAGUGGCUGGAGCUGAAGACAGACUGGCAGAAACUGGCGUACCUGAAGGAUAAAAUCGGGAAGGCCGUGGCCGAGGACAUGGCCAAGUGAUCCGAUCAAGUGUCAGGCAAAUUUUUUUUCGCAGACUCGGCUAAAUCAGAGCUUUCCCGACCAAAUUGGACGACAGGGAAUACACACAUCCACCCACGCUCACACUUAAAGCGGAGCGGCAUUGCAGAAAAGCUCUCUCAUACUUUGUCAGGAAAAUAUACCGACAUAUUU